UUACUUUAAACUUUCAUUUUUCAACAAUUCAAUCAUGAUAAACUUUAAAAAUCUUGUUCCUCUCAUUUAUGUCAUACUAUUGGUAAACACAUAUUAUUUCCAACUAGUAGAGUCAUGCCAUGCUAUAGACAAAGCAGCAUUACUUGAUUUCAAACACAAAAUCACUGACGACCCGUCCCAGCUCCUCGGCACUUGGGUGUCCAUAACCGACUGCUGCACCGCGUGGGAGGGUGUCGAUUGCAACCCCGCCAACGGACGAGUAGUAAACGUGUCUCGGUCCGGCCUCCAAUCCGGUGACGACUUUAUAUUGGACACUUCCAUGUCAGGUACACUCUCCCCUUUACUUGGUAACCUUGCCUACCUUCAACUCCUUGACCUUAGUAACCUUAAAGAGUUGACCGGUCCUAUACCACCUCAACUAGGUAAAUUGUCUCAUUUGACCCAUCUUUAUCUUAACCUUAAUAAGCUUAAUGGUUCACUACCCUCUUCUUUAGGUGGUUUACAUAAGCUAAAGGCGCUAUAUUUAGGCCAAAAUAGCCUCUCUGGUGCCAUACCAAGCUCGAUUUUUCGAUCAUUGACAUCAAUUUUGGAAUUAAGUUUUGGAGAAAAUGUAUUAUCUGGUCCAAUACCAUCUUCAAUUGUUAAUAUGAUUCAACUUAUUAGGCUAGAUCUUCAUAAAAACGAACUCUCCGGUAGGAUCCCUUCUGAUAUUGGCAAAUUAAAGAGACUAACAAAUUUGGAUUUGUCCAUGAAUCAAAUUGGAGUUAACAUACCUUAUUCUAUAGGUAAACUAGCCCAAUUACGCGAUUUGUCCCUAGACUACAACAAACUCACCGGACCAAUCCCUUCUUCAAUAGGCCAGCUUAUUUCAUUGCGUGUAUUAGGCCUUGCUAACAAUAAAUUAUCCGGUGUUUUACCGAAAACCAUUGGUAAUCUUCCAAAUAUCCAACAUAUAACAUUAGAAAACAACAUGAUCACUGGCCGUCUACCACCAAGUCUAGGACAUCUUACUACAUUAAUCAACAUGUUAUUUUCAAACAACCGGUUUGUCGGUCCAAUACCGAGAAGUUUUGGCAAUCUAAAGAGCCUAAUGGCCUUAGAUUUGUCGAAAAAUCAACUUGUUAGUCCCCUCCCUCAUCAACUUACUAAAGUUAAGGAUUUGCAAAUACUUGAUUUGUCUUACAAUCCACUUGGUCUAGUAAAUGUACCAACUUGGUUGUCCAAAAUUAAUCUGUUUCGGCUAAUGUUAGCCAAGACGGGGCUUAAAGGCGAGCUACCCUCGUGGUUGUCCUCCUCCUCGAUAGGUUACCUCGAUUUAUCGAGCAACAAACUCUCCGGGAAGUUGCCAACAUGGAUAGGAAACAUGACACAGUUAUGGUUCCUAAACAUAUCUUAUAACGGAUUCUACUCAACCAUUCCACAAGAAUUCAAGAAUCUUUUAUUACUCUCAGAUCUUGAUCUUCACUCAAACAAGUUCUCAGGUCCCUUGGAUCUUAUUUUCGAUAAAAACGUGGAUGAGCCACGAGGGCAUUACAACUCUAUUGACUUGUCUAGUAACAUGUUCACGGGUCCAAUUGAUAAAAAUGUUGGUAACAAGCUCGCUAUGGACUCGAUCACUUCCUUGAUCUUGUCAAAUAAUCAAUUGGGAGGAUCGAUACCAAACUCGAUAGUGAACUUGACACAAUUGCAAGUAUUGGAAUUGGUACGCGACGGGCUAUCAGGACCAAUCCCAGAAGAAAUUGGAAAUGCUAAGGAAUUGAAGACAAUCAAGUUGUCUAGGAAUUACUUGAAUGGGAGUAUUCCAGAAAAAGUGAUAAAUCUGGAAAACUUAUCAAUAUUUGAAGUGUUGAGAAAUAAAUUGAGUGGCGAAAUUCCAGCACAUAAGGCUAAUUUCCCUGCUUCGGCAUUUUUUGGUAAUCCUGGUCUUUGUGGUGUGCCACUUCCUCCUUGUAACCUUUCAUAGACGUUAUUUAAAUUUUAUUUUUGAUUCAUUUUGUAAUCUAAUCUAUAACUGUAUCUGCAAUUGUAAUUGUAAUAUUGGUUAUUUAAUCAGCAAAAUUAAUAAAUGAUUAUUUAUUUUGUAUUA